AUGUCUCAGAUCCGAUCGACUGGAAUCAAGAGUCCCAUCUAUGAACAGAAACCCAAGAGUGCCCCUGUUUCGGCUGGCCGGCAAACCUUCCCGACAUCAGGAGCUCUUGGGCCUCAGCCCUGGACUCAUCCCGAUUCUUUAAGAGACGAUUCCCUGAGCAGCACCUCUGAUGUUACCAGAUUGCUCGGUGGUGAUAAUAUGGCAUCCAUUCCGCUCAAUGGUGAUACCUAUUACACCGUCUCAACCCCCUGUUCCUUGCGCGUGGUGAACAUUAUCACCUUCCACGCGCAAUUCUCUCAUGAAUUGUACCGCUUCUUCAUGUACCGACUGUUGAAGCAUUUUUUGCGGAGUGAAAUGGACACGCUGAGGUCCUUCUUUGAUUGGAUCUGGCCAAUCGACACCCAGCAUCGUCCUUUGCAGCCAGUCCAGGAACCAAUGGGCCUUGACACACCUCGGAUUUGCCUCGGACACCUCUUUUCCGAAGCUAUCUACGGAAACGACGUCGACAUCCCACUGUACUAUUUCAACAUUGUACAAGGCAGGGACAACGCGGUCAAAGUAGUCAUCACCACGUCGAAGACUGGGGCUGCAGGUGCAGCAUACUAUCAGGCUGUUUGUGGAUUUUCAACCGUGGCGAUCUUCGCCAUCUGUCAGAGAGCAUUGAGAAGAUGUCGAGAGGCAGAUUCUAUCUUCUCAUUCAGGAGAGCUCUGAACGUGUCUGAGGCAAACGAGUUUCUUGACCAGGAUCCAGUGUGGGUAGGGCUGAUCUUCUGA